AAAUAUUUAACUCGGAUUUUAGCCAUUCCAAAAUUAAGUUACUCGUGUCCGAAUAGUCAUAACAUGGAUUCGGCUUCGUAGUUGUGUCUUAUUAAUUGUUUUAAAGUCUGCUGACUUAUUAAUUAUGAUUGACUGAAGUAAAUAUUAUAUAAAUUAUCACCAAUGGAGUUAUUCGUACAUUCUUCGGUAUACUUAUAUUGACCAACGGAAUCCACAAUGGCAUUUUGGUAUUUUGAUAAGGAUGAAAUACGUCGAACUGCCUCAGCCCAGGACGGUAUACCAUAUGAACUUGAAUCUCGGUAUCGGCAAGAAGGAGCACGAUUUAUUAUUGAUGCUGGAACUAAGAUGGACUUGGGAUACAAUACCAUGGCGACUGGGGUUGUAUAUUUUCAUCGUUUUUAUAUGUAUCAUUCAUUCAGCACAUUUCCGCGUUACUUAACAGCGUGUUGUUGUUUGUUUCUGGCUGGUAAAGUUGAAGAAACACCAAAAAAAUGUAAAGAUAUAAUAAAAAUAGCAAAAGCAUUAUUGCCUGAAGAUAAGUACGAAACUCUCGGACUUGACCCAAGGGAAGAAGUGAUGGUACUAGAACGAAUAUUAUUACAAACAAUUAAAUUUGAUUUGCAAGUUGAUCACCCAUAUCAGUUCCUUCUUAAAUAUGCAAAAUGCUUGAAAGGCGAUAAAGCUAAGCUUACUAAAAUGGUUCAAAUGGCAUGGACAUUUGUAAAUGAUAGUUUAUGUACUACGCUUUGUCUUCAAUGGGAGCCAGAAAUCAUUGCUGUAUCGUUGAUGUAUCUUGCAUGUAAAUUAAGUAAAUUUGAACUUAACGAUUGGCAGGGCCGUACGUCUAAUCAUUUACGUUGGUGGGACAUGUUUGUUCAAGGAAUGAAUAUGGACUUGCUUGAAGAUAUUUGUCAUCAAGUACUUGAUCUGUAUUCUUCCCCUGUUGAAAAAUCAGCGCCACUAUCUCCUCCAUCUCAUGACAAAUUUGUGGUACCUAAGAAAGUUGUACCUCCCCAGUCAAUCUAUCAGAAAUUAUUGUUACAAAAAAUGGCUGAUAAGUACAGCCUCACACCCGAACAGGCAAUGCAAGCAGCAAUGACCAAAAAUGUUAAAUUGUUAUCUACGCAAGUUUAUAGCACACCAACAAAAUCAAUUUUACCUAUGCCACCAGGAAUUAAGCCUCAAACAAAUUCUACUAUUAUGUCGUCAAAACCUCAGACUAUACAAAAACCAUUUUUGCAACCACCUCCUAUACCGCCAAAACUUUUGUUGCAACAACCAUCACAAAAACGUCCUCCGUUACCAUCAACUAGACCACCAUUACCUAUACGGCCACCGCCACCUCCACCUCCAUCGCAACCACCUCUUCCACCAACACCUAAUCAAAUAAUAAUGCCUCCACAAGGUGUUGCGCCAUUACCACAUCCACCUAUGCAACCGCCACCUAUGCCUCCUGGAAAUUUCCCCAUGUACCCAUAUGCUCCACUUCCAACAAAUCCAGCACAACAGUUUGCUAAUCAUAUGUUUCCGCCCCAACCGCCUAAUAUGAUGCCUACUACCUCAUCAUCGUUCCGUGGCCAUGAAUCGAUGACUUCUAUUGGUGUUCAGUAUAUGAACGAAGCACCCCCCUCUAGACCUCCUUACAAUGAAAAAUACAAUCAAAGAGAAAAUUUGUCGCAUCCACCAGUGCAGUCGUAUAAUGAAUAUGAUAUGCAAGAUGGAGGAUUUCAAGAUUCAUAUGAUGAAAACAGACAAAAGUAUAUUGAUGGACGAUCGUACACCCGUGAAGUUGCGUACGGUGCGUCAAAUUAUGGCAAUGGUCAGCAUUAUAGUGAAAGUGCUCAACAUUUUAGCGAAAGUAGUCAGCAUUACAGCGAUAGUGCUUCACAUUAUUCAGAUGCUACUUAUCAACAGUAUAGAGGCAGUGGUCCUCCAACCAAUCGGAAUUUCAAUAAUAGAAAUAGUCGUCCUCCUCCUACUUAUCAAAGCAGACAAGUUCGAAAUCAUCCUUAUCAGAAACGAUAG